AUGACGCCCACAUCUGGCCACCAAAAUCACGCCACUUCUCCUAAUGAGCCCGACUUCAACGUCAGCAGCCAGCUGAGGGACCGGGAAACCAACACCCAGAACUCACCUGGCCAAGGACGGACCAGGGACGAGGAUGACUACCCUACGACAACCGGCGGCCAAGCAUCGCGUCGCAUUUCUCUCAGACCAGCGAUUCGAUCACCGUCGGUCCAUACCAGAAUAAGGCGCAGAAGCAUCAGUGUGGCUAGCCAAAGCGCCAUCCUCGAAGGGGAAGAGGAGGAAGCCGAGAGCCGCGAUAUGGCCACUUCUUGUCAGCAUGUCGAUCCGAGAAGUCUCUUCUCGCCACCAUUUCCGCCCGAUGAUGACCGAGAUACUCCGCCGUUCUCCUCUAACAGUAGCGACAACGACUUCUUUCGCGGAUGUGAAUCCUGUGGGGUUUCUGAUCCAUCUGAGAGCCAGGAUGAGCAUCAGGAACUUGAUUACACAGAAUACCUUCUCACACGCCAGGCCAGAAACCUCACCCAGGGGAGUGAUGGAACUUCUUCUGUCACCAUCAUCAAUCAUCAACGUCGAGAUCCCUACGAACUCUUCAACUUACGCAUCAUCGAAAAUGGCUUUACGUGCUGGCGCCGCGAGGAGAGCGUCGAAGCUGACGACCGCGCCGCUGUGCACGACUACUGGGCCAACGUGCCCGGUGGACGUGAGGGCGCCAUGAAGACUGACGUGUGGUACAUGGUAGACAUCGAAGCCCAUCGGCCUUCAGACACAGGUCAUUUAAUGAAGGUCCUCUGGCUCGGAUCACCCGUCAGAAACUGGGAGCCUGCCCAUCGCGUUCGCCAAAUUGCGCCCGACCUGCUUGAUGAGUAUUGGGAAGGAUUGGCUGAUAAAUAUCAGAGAGCUUGCCGAGAGAAUGGGAGCCUGAGUCGCUUGAGAUAA